GUUUGACCUGAAGACGCUGCCGGUGGAUUUUGUCGAGUGCCUGAUGCGGUUCCUGCCCACCGAGAACGAGGUGAAGGUGCUGCGGCUCUACGAGCGGGAGAGGAAGCCCAUCGAGAACCUGUCGGACGAGGACCGCUUCAUGAUGCAGUUCAGCAAGAUCGAGAGGCUGAUGCAGAAGAUGACCAUCAUGGCCUUCAUCGGCAACUUCGCAGAGAGCAUCCAGAUGCUGACCCCGCAACUCCACGCAAUAAUAGCCGCAUCCGUCUCGAUAAAAUCAUCCCAAAAGCUGAAGAAAAUACUGGAGAUCAUCCUGGCCCUGGGGAACUACAUGAACAGCAGCAAGCGAGGAGCCGUGUAUGGAUUUAAGCUGCAGAGUUUAGACCUGCUCCUGGAGACGAAGUCGACGGACCGAAAGCAGACCCUGCUGCACUACAUUUCCAACGUGGUCAAGGAGAAGUACCAGCACGUCUCCCUCUUCUACAACGAGCUCCACUACGUGGAGAAGGCUGCGGCAGUCUCCCUUGAAAACGUCCUCUUGGACGUGAAGGAGCUGCAGAGAGGCCUGGAUCUGACGAAGCGCGAGUACACCAUGCACGACCACAACACCAUGCUGAAGGAGUUCAUUCAGAGCAACGAGGGGAAGCUGAAGAAGCUGCAGGACGACGCCAAAAUAGCCCAGGAUGCCUUUGACGAUGCUGUGAAGUACUUUGGGGAGAAUCCCAAGACGACACCGCCCUCGGUUUUCUUCCCAGUGUUUGUCCGGUUUGUGAAGGCCUACAAGCAAGCAGAAGAAGAGAACGAGCUGAGGAAAAAGCAGGAGCAGGCCUUAAUGGAAAAACUCAUGGAGCAAGAAGCGUUGAUGGAGCAACAGGACCAAAAG